AACGGAAAAGAUGAAUAAUGAAAAUUAUUGUUAAAUGCAGAAUAUUGAAUUUAAUAUGAUAUUUAUGACCACAAAUCGAUGGCUAGCUGCUUGGCUGAUUUUAACUGCUAACGAUAUCAAGAUCUUCUUCGAUUUACCACAAGACUGCCAGUGGACCGUAUCGCAUUUCGGAAAGGCUAUCGCAAUCAAGUUCUUCGGCUGCAUACUUAAUUAUGUUAGCCGGUAGUCGAGAUCGGAACUAAACUAAACUAUUGCAUAAUUUGACCAUUUUAUUCAGGCGUUUUGCAUAACGGUAAAUGCUCCACAUAGCAUCUAAGCAUAAAAACCAUCGAGUUAUUUGUCCAGGGCAUCACAUUCUUCAGUCAACUCAAUCUUCGAACAUGCGACACUUCUCCGUUAUCCUCUGCUGUUGCUUGGCGACCACUUUGGUCAACGCUGACAAGCUGGGCUACAAUUAUCAGCCUGUGGCUCACUCAGGCUCGGGCCUCUCAUUCACACCGGGUGGUUCAGCCAGCAACUUAGCGCCCUCGUUUGCCGCUGAACCUAGCAACGCCGGACUCUCAUUCGCUCCAAGUGGAUCGGCCAGCAGCUUGUCGCCAUCGUUCUCAGCUGGACUUGCACCUGCCGCCAGCUCUGAUAACUUCGGCAUCUCACAGUCGCCUUUCGCACAGCCCAGCUUCCAGCCAAGUGGACAGAUUGCCGAACAAUCUGCCGAUGCGCCCAACUAUGCCGCUGCUCAGCCUGAGUUGCAGAAGGAAUUCUUCACCUACACGGCUGAUGAGGAAGAGUUCGUCGAUCCAGCUGCAUCCGAGAAGGUCUCCACAUCUCUGAACAAAGCUUUGCGCGUCGUCUUCGUGAAGGGUCCCGACAGCAGUGGCUUGGAGCAAGCAGCUUUGGCUUUGGCCAAGCAAGCUUCCCAGCAGGAGACCGCCAUCUACAUCUUGAACAAGCAGGCCGACAUUAACGAUCUGGCCACCAAGCUGAACGAUAUCCGUAGAGCCAGCAGCGAGAGCAGCAACAACAAACCCGAAGUUCAUUUUGUUAAGUACCGCACUCCCGAGGAUGCUGCCAAUGCUCAACAUGCCAUUCAGUCGCAAUACGAUCAGCUGGGCGGUAAAUCCACGCAGCAGGAUGGCGGUGUUGCCUCAUCUCUGAACUUUGCCAGCGAACCAGCACCAGUUGCAGCUUCUGCUCCCGCUCCCGCUUCCAUUCCAUCAUCCCUUCCCGCAUCCUUCCCUUCUGCAUCUGAUGCCGUGCCAGUGGCUGCUGAGCCCGAGGCCACGUCACCCAUCUCCUCAUACGUUCCCCCAGUCACCCCAGGUAGCAGCUAUCUACCGGCAAACAUCUUGCGCCGUUUGCGUUUCUAA